UGUAACGCCAGAAGAAAGUAGAAGCGAACUGAGGGGGAGAGGAAAAAGUUCGCAAGGAGAGGCAGGACUACUCUUGGGAGCCCUGCAGUCUCACUUUUAUGCCUCCAAAAUACGUUCCUUCCAGUUUCUUUGCAUCUAGCAAUAUUGUUUAGUAUUAUCACAAGAAUAAUCCGGCUUUGUAAAAACUGAAACGACCAUGGAGCUGCUUUGCCUCGAAAUGGACACCAUUUUAAGAGCUCGUCCUGAUCCGAAUAUUCUGUGUGAUGAUAGGGUAUUACAAAGCCUGUUGACCAUUGAAGAACGAUUUAUUCCCCAAUGUUCUUAUUUCAAGUGCGUUCAGAAAGAUAUUCAGCCAUUUAUGCGGAGGAUGGUUGCUACUUGGAUGCUGGAGGUUUGUGAAGAACAGAAGUGUGAGGAAGAGGUUUUUCCCUUGGCAAUGAACUACUUAGACAGAUUUUUAGCUGUGGUUCCAACCAGAAAGUGUGAUCUGCAACUUCUUGGAGCAGUUUGCAUGUUCCUUGCAUCCAAAUUGAAAGAAACUCGUCCAUUAACUGCAGACAAACUCUGCAUCUACACUGAUAACUCCAUCAGACCACAGGAGCUGCUGGAGUGGGAGCUGGUGGUGUUGGGGAAGUUGAAGUGGAACCUGGCGGCUGUCACACCAAACGACUUCAUCGAACACAUCGUGAGGAAGCUGCCGUUGCCCGAGGACAAGCUGGCGCUGAUACGUAAACAUGUGCAGACCUUCAUCGCCCUCUGCGCCACAGACUUCAAUUUCGCGAUGUACCCCCCAUCGAUGAUCGCCACGGGCAGUGUUGGAGCAGCUAUCUGUGGGCUUCAGCUGGACUCGGGUGACCAGUCUCAGUGGGGGGACAAUCUUACAGACCUGCUGGCCAAAAUCACAAACACAGAAGUGGACUGUCUGAAGGAGUGUCAGGAGCAGAUUGAGAGGGUCUUGGUGAGCAGCCUGCGCGAGGGGCGACAGCAGCAACAACAGCAGCAUCAGCAGCAGGUCCAGCAUGGCCCCAGCAGUAAGACCAUGGAUGAGCUGGAUCAGUCAAGCACCCCAACAGACGUUCGCGACAUCAACUUGUGAGCCUGCAAGAAGCAGUAGUGCAUCCGAAAUAAGCAACAAAUCAACAUAAAAAAACAAACUACCCCUUGAAAAAAGGGCUUUUGUAGAGUUUUUGUAGAGAUUUUUUAUUUUAUAACACAAAAACAUGCACCCAUGUAUUUUACGAAAUCAAAGCUAUUUUUAGAUGUAAAAUAGAUAUCCUUUAAAAGCUCUGACUUGAUACACGAAAGCUCAAUGGUGCCUCAGAUAUACAGAAGGGAAGCCAAUCAUAUUUUGAGUUCUGUUUUUGAUUGUUUAAUCAUAAUAAAGUUAUAUUGAAUAAGAAACCAAUAGCUAAAUAAGGCUUUUUAAAAAGUAGUGGUGAGUCCAUUCAAGGCUUGCAUAUAUGCGAUCACAUUUGGGGCAAGGUUUUUCUGUUUUUUGUUUUGUAUUUUUUGUUUUGGUACAUGUUGGUCUGCCUGAGAUAGGAGCCCUAUAUGGGCUACACUGACCGUGAAAGGCAGGGCUGAAUAUGACAUGGUUGGGCUGUGUGUUGGUGAUAAGGGAAGCACUUUGCAUGAAUUGCAGAGUAUUGUGCUAAGAAAGAGACAAGAAGGGUCCCAAAUCCAGGGAACAGCCAAGUAUAUAAUAGUGAAUUACAUUAUUAUUAUUAAGAAACAUGUUCGUGAAUGAAGAGUAAUAGAUGUCAAUAAGCUCUUUUUGUCAGGCUGCUUGUUCUUAUGGGUGUGGGCAUGCAUCUGUGUGUGAGUGGGUUGGUGUGAUUGCCGUGUGUGUGUGUGCACGUGUGUGUGUGUUGGAGCGUUAUGGCUUGGCACUUGAGUGGGAAGACUAGACUGGUGAUAAACUAUGGAACAGGCAGGAGACAGGGAUUAUUUGCAGGGCAUCUAUGUUAUAUCACUGCCUUCAGUUAAUAUGCGUUGUCGGCCAACAAAAAUCUGGGGAUCUGAGUCCAGUUAGUGGGUGGAGGAAUGGUGAAAGGGAUGGAGAGAGGGGUGGCUGUGCUCCUUCGUUUUGUCUAGAAGAGUCAGCCGUGGACCCUCUGUUUUAGAAGUUUCAUUUUGAGGUGUUUGUUUUUCACUGCCAACAUACCAAUCAAAUAUUGCCAGAUAGCGUUUGUAUUUUCAUGUUAUUGUUUUGUUCUUUUGGAGUUAUGGAAGGAGCUUCAGGCUGCUUAGUGUCAGUAAGAAGGAGUGUGUGCCUCUCUAAGUGGUGCCCUAGAUGAGAUGAGAGGAGUGGUGGAUGGAAGGAGUUAGGGGUGAACAGGUGUAGAAAGGGUUUGCUGCGCUGCAGAAGCAAGCUGCUGUGUAGAGGGAGGAAAUGUAGGUGAGUUGCUGAAAGAUACAGCAGAGGAGCCUAAUGGCCUCAAAUUAUAUCUAUCAGAUUUCUGCGUUUUGGGCAGAUCGAGGCCACGGAUGACGAAUUAGGAUCAAUACCAGACUUUACGCUGCCAGCUCAUUAUUUGAGAAUUAACUUUAUUGGUUCAUUAGAGGACAGAGAAAUGUAUUGGAGCAGGGGAAGAUUUGUGAUCAUUGCAUCUGUAGUCCCUCAUAGUUGUUUCAACACGCCUAUGAUUUCAACAGCAAAGCACUUAGAAAACAUGCUCCCCAAGGGACAAAUUAAAUGGUUACGGUGUGGGAGUCUAUGGAUGUUUUCUGUUUUCUUGUGAUAUUUUUCUUUGAUUUAAUUUGUAGGGCUGGUUUCCCCACAUUGAGGCCUAACACCUUACGAUAUGAGGACAUUCCGAUCUAAAAACAUUCCGAAAAGUGCAAGAUGAAAGGGCCAUCUGACCAUUUCAUGUGUUUUAGCAAAUAAUUAAUGCCAAUUUCAAAAAUUCUAGAGACCUUUAUGAUUUCAGUUUUAUGAUUUUGUUUUAGAAGUUAUCACAUUAUGAAAUAUUUGUUAUACUUGAAUUUUCUAUUUGAUCUGCUUCACAGCAACAACAAAAAAGUCACAUGGGUGAGGAACUAUAAAGAAAAUGUUACCAUAACAUCAGAUUUUUGCACAUGUUCUGAGGGCAAUUGAGGUUUUCUUUCAAACAAAUGAAACUGGUCUAUAUUCAAGGCUACCUUAUUGAUAGUUUUGCUCGUAGAACCUGGCCUAUUGUCUUUGGGGAUACCCCUGUGUAGCUGUCUCUGUGUGAACCCCUCUCCUUCCGAGUGAUUGCUGCUUCAGUCACUUCAUUGGCAUGGGGUUCAAUCAGUUACCCAAACGUCAGAAUUCAACAAGUUAACUUCCAAGACUGACAACAGGGUACAUCGCCAACACAAGGUAGCUUUCCUUUGACUCACACAAAAUUCUCAAUGCUACAUUUAAAGGGGGCUUUGGUAUGUGUGGGUGCUUGAGUGUUUGUGUGUACGUGAGUAUGUGUGUGGUAGGUAGCUAUGAGGGGAAGUUGAGGAUUCAGUGUUUUAGCAGGCUAACGUUUUCAAGAAACAAAUCUUAUAAACCAGGCCAUCUUCAACCUCUCAACAAAAACUAGCCCCUGUUCAUCAUUGCCAAGAAUGUCAGCCUUUUUUUGUUUUUUGCAAGCUCUAUUCUGAGCAAAGAUUAUGAUUUAGUUUUUGGACUGUUCGGUUUGAAUUUGUAAAUACACCUCCUUAAAGUUGUGUUUGUUUUAUUUUAUGGGGUGUCCAGACCUAAUGGAGUUUGUGGAGUGUUUGUAAGGGGUUAGAUACUGUAUUCCAAAGUGAAGAGAGAUGGAGGUGGUGUGAAGACAUCAUAAAGUGUCAAUAUUUGUAUUGAGUUAUUAUUAUUGUCUUUUUGCGCUGCUAAAAGCUAUGAUUUUGUUUCAUUCUUAUAUAUAAAAAAAAUAACAUGACUUAGUUGUGAUGUCACUUGAGUGUGCUGCUAUUUUAUAAACAUUUGUAUUAUAAUAUAAUUAUUUUACCGCUUAAGAGAUACAUUCAGAAUACUGAAGUAGAUGGUAAUAGAAGAACAUGAAAUAAGUAUUCGACUGGAAAUGUUCUUUGUACAGGUUGCUUAGAUAGCAUGUUUUCUUUUCAUUUUGAUCUAUUUUGCUCUCCUUUCUCGGUCACAUUCUGCAAAUGCGGUAUCUCUAUACCUCAGGUUUACUGGACAAAAAAAUAAUAUCUCAAUACCUCACAACUCUACAGUUUUUAGGGAGCCUGGGAAGGGUAACAGUACAGUAGGAAGCACAGUAGUUUGUCGGUUGUGAAAUGUACUGACCGUGUUGGGUGGCAUACAUGCAAGGCUCCCACCUGGACUUAAACCCUAGUGGAUGGGACACAACAACCAGUCACCACUUCCUCUGUCAGUUUAAAGUGAUACCAUGUUCAUUGUGGUGCUAAAUGUGAGAUUCAUGUGACAUUCAUUGCAAAGAUAAAUGUGAAAAUGUCUGAGUAUAUGGCUUGUACCAAUUACAUUGAACGUCAAUAAAUUUUGGUUCCUAAGCUUGAUUUGAUGAGCUUAGUUGAUCUGGUAUGUGCCAGGUUCUAUUGUCUGGAAAACUUACACAAAAUGGCUAAACCAAUCAAUCAAACACCUCACCACAUACUGUAUCUGACAUGGGGAAGUGUGUUUCAACAGCGUGGAUUUGUAUUUAGUUGUCCCCAUCCACUAUAAAUUACAUCAUGUACCUCAGAAAUGUCUGUUGCACAACCGCUGUUCAAUAAACUUCUGCUUUAAAGAGUGUGACACCAUAUCAGUCCAAUGUUAUUCUCACUUCUGUUUUCUUUUUGUAUGUCAUUAUGGUUAGUGGAGCAGAUUGUGAGAUGUGAUUGUGAACAUACAGUGAGGUGAACAUUAGAGGGUGCUGUAGUCAUGAAACCAAGAGGACCUGGGAGAUGUUAGUGGAGUGGAGCUGAGAUUGUGUGGCAGGCCGCAGUCUUGUUUUAAAAACAAAAGCUAAGAUGACGGACAUCAUGUUUACCCCCUGCUUGAACCAAAAUCUCCCAUUUAAGAACGUAGACGGCUUAAAUCAAUUGGAUGGUAGACAGACAAAUGAGGUGAAUGUGGUUAUUUCUGUUUCUUCCCCUGUAUGACAUCCUUUUAAACACACUCUAAUCUGUCCAGUUUCAGGCAAGUGGGGGAUUGGUGUCUGAGUUUGUCCUCUUACUCUGGGACCCUAAGGCACUCUUACACAGCUUGUGAGGCUGUUUUUUGGGGGGACUGGAUCAUGUAGGCCUAGUAAGUGAAUAAGUUGGUUUCAAAGUUCUGUAUUGACAACUUCUGUUUAUGAUUAAUCAGCUCUAUAUUGGUCUGUUUGAAAGGAUCAGUUAAAGUGUUGUUAAGGAUCAAGGCAUGCUGUAUGAUCAAUAAACUCACCAUGAAUGAAA